CUGAGCCUGGCAGACUCUGAUCUUAGGUCCCCAAGCCACUCUGUCCAGUGAAGGCCGCAGCCUUCUAGCUCCACGUUUGUGUCUGCUUAGCCCUGCAGCCCAGGCCACCAUGGCUCUGCGUGUGGCAGUAUUCGACCUUGACGGAGUGCUGGCCCUUCCCUCUCUCACCGGCACCCUCCGACGCACCGAGGAGGCCCUGUCGCUGCCCAGAGGCUUCCUGAUAGACGUCUUCCAGAAGGAAUCCCCAGAAGGACCCAAUGAGCAACUCAUGAGAGGGAAGAUCACUUUCUCCCAGUGGGCCCCACUCAUAGAAGAGAGCUGCAGGAAGCGCUCCAGCGCUUCUGGAACCAGCCUACCUGAGGAUUUCUCCAUAAGUCAAAUAUUCAAUCAAGCCAUGGCAGCAAGAAGCAUCAACCGCCCCAUGCUCCAGGCGGCUAUUGCUCUCAGAAAGAAAGGAUUCACAACGUGCAUCGUCACCAACAACUGGCUGGAUGACAGUGACAAGCGAGGCAACUUGGCACAGAUGAUGUGUGAUCUGAGCCAGCACUUCGACUUCCUGAUACAGUCCUGUCAGGUUGGGCUGAUGAAACCCGAGCCUCAGAUCUACAAGUUUGUACUGGAAACCCUGAAGGCCCAACCCAAUGAGGUUGUUUUCCUAGAUGACUUUGGGAGCAAUCUGAAGCCAGCCCGAGAAAUGGGGAUGGUCACCAUCCUGGUCCGUGACACAGACACGGCUCUGAGAGAACUGGAGAAGAUCACAGGGACACAGUUUCCUGAGGCCCCUCUACCAGUCCCCUGCAAUCCAAAUGAUGUCAGCCAUGGGUAUGUAACCGUGAAGCCUGGGAGCCGUCUGCAUUUCGUGGAGAUGGGCUCUGGCCCUGCUGUGUGCCUCUGCCAUGGGUUUCCUGAGAGCUGGUUUUCUUGGAGGUACCAGAUCCCCGCUCUGGCCCAGGCGGGCUUCCGGGUUCUGGCUUUAGACAUGAAAGGCUAUGGCGACUCAUCAUCCCCUCCAGAGAUAGAGGAAUAUGCCAUGGAAGUGUUAUGUAAGGAGAUGGUGUCCUUCCUGGAUAAGCUGGGGAUCCCUCAAGCAGUGUUCAUUGGCCACGACUGGGCUGGUGUCCUGGUGUGGAACAUGGCUCUCUUCUACCCUGAGAGAGUGCCUCGGCUCCGCAUAACUUCAGGAAACAAGUAUGUAACAGGGAAGGUGAACAGACAGAGGCGGGCCUACUGCACUCCUAGGAACAGCUCUGACCCUGUGACCGACAACAAGGGAGUGGCCGAGGCUGAACUGGAAAAGAACAUGAGUCGGACUUUCAAAACCUUCUUCCGAGCAAGUGAUGAGUUGGGUAUGCUUGCUGUGCAUAAAGCCACCGAAAUGGGGGGACUCCUUGUGAACACCCCAGAAAAUCCCAGCCUCAGCAAGAUUACUACUGAGGAGGAAAUCGAGUUUUAUGUCCAGCAGUUCAAGAAAACUGGCUUCAGAGGUCCCCUGAACUGGUAUCGGAACACAGAAAGAAACUGGAAGUGGGGCUGUAAGGGAGUGGGACGGAAGAUCCUGGUCCCAGCCCUGAUGGUCACGGCUGAGAAGGACAUCGUACUCCGUCCUCAGAUGUCCAAGAACAUGGAAAACUGGAUCCCUAACCUGAAAAGGGGACACAUUGAGGACUGUGGUCACUGGACACAGAUAGAGAAACCUGCUGAGGUGAACGAGAUUCUCAUCAAGUGGCUGGAUACUGAAGUCAAGAAUCCGCCAGUGACCUCCAAGAUUUAGCCAGGAGCAUCCUCUGCUAGGGACACACUUUGGUUUCUGGACAUGGCCUUGUUCAGAAUCAGGAGCGUCGUUCUUUUGCCAGCCAGUGAUUUUCUUUAAAUAAAAGUGAUCAGAUGCGAUGCCAUCUUAGGUCCAGGAGAAAGUGUAUGUGGCUAAUUCUCUGAGGAUGAGAGCACCAUCGAGGAAGAGAUCACACCCUGCCAGGAAGGCGGGGGCCCCCACCCCCCAUUGGUAGCUUUGCUGUCAAAUCCAACCCUGCUCCUUUUGAAGCAGCCUAUUUGGGACCAUCAAUAAAGCUAAGACCUUGGUC